AUGGGAACCGAAAACGCUAUUAGAACCUCUGCUGGCUGGCCCAGGCGAGACGAACGCAAAUUCAAAGUUCUCAGAAUCCAUACGCUAUCUGCUAUCAUUCUAGCUACCGCCAUCACGCAGGGCGUGCCGAGUUGUACCGCCGCGCCCGCCUUUCCUCGCAAUCACUCCCCGAACCAUGAAAAGGCCUCCAAUCAAGCUCAGUCGCCAGCGCAUGAAGCAUCGGAGCCAGGUUUAGAACUUUGCCCGCGCGCUUGCGAAGGCGAUGACGAUUUCGAUUGCUACGAUGAGGAUGACGGCGGCGACGACGACGACGACGACGACGGGGGAGACGACAAUACCAGCUACCUUGAAACUCGCGAAACGACCAGCGAUGACAGGCUACCGACUGUGAAACUGGCGUCUUCGUCUCUGCCAGAUCCCCUCAUGCAAGCUCUACAACCUGAGCUUGAGCAAGCACUUGCUUCCGGUCUGGAGCAGGCUGACAGAAGCUCUACCGAAAGCGGGGAAACAUCAGCAACCGCUACCGCCUCCAAUGCCACCACACAACCGCAGUCCACUCCUGCGUCGUCUGGAUCCUUUGCUUCGUCCGAAACUCCCGCGCUGCCAAGUUCUAGUGUCCUUGAUGUAUCUGGAACCCCGUCGACUUCAGUAAAUGCACCCACGUCUCUGGCAACUACAUUUGCAAUCGCUUCUCCGCUAAGUUCAGGCGCAUCUUUGCCGGCGCCAACCUUCAGUACUGGAGAUAUUCCUACUUCCACCAACUCAGACAGCGCUAUUGAAACUGAAACCACGACCAUCGGGUCAACGACUAUCACAACAACGACGGUCUCACAUUCAUCUAGUUCACACACCUCGCACACUUCCCACACGUCUGCGACCUUUCCUUCCCACAAACUGAACCAAGGCCCAGGAUUAGCCGUUCGCCCGACCCCUGGAGUCGAUCUCAUGGGAGGCCUCAACCACGACUUCGACUCUACACGAGGAUCUCACCAUAGACGGGCAACCAUGGUCAUCGGCCUCAUAGCCGUGAUAUUGACAGUUUCGACAGCCCUCAUUUUCAUGUUCCACUUGUUCUUGAAAACCAGGAAGAAGCGUGCAGAGCGACUGGGCUCCAGAGCUAGCAUCCGUGGAUUUGGAGCCGUCGAAUGGAUUGAUUCUCGCAAGAAGGACAACUGGCAUCCUGCUCUAGGCGACACCGGGAAACUGGCAGGAUCGAUGGAAAGAUCGCCGCCAGGGUCUCGCAGGGAUUCUUUGUUGUCUCACUGGCUCAGACUUAACCCUAAUUCUGUCAAGGAUGGACGCAACUCUCGGUCUAGAUUAUCUUUGCUCCCUCGACUCGGUGCUCUGCUUGGGCGUUCUCGUUCUACUUCUGGCCCGGCUCCUAAACGCUCUUCAGCAAAGAAAGAGAAGAUACUCGAUAUCAGGCCCUAUGACUUGGGCAGUCGUUUCUCCGUCUCCUCUUCUGACGUCCCUCUGGAUGAAUCUUUCGGAACUCUGGCCUCCUUGCAGUCCCUGGAGGUCAUCGAUCUGGAUGCUGACGACGAUCGUGAACGGCUUACCCCCAAUCCUAACCGCCAAAACCUCUCGUCGCUGUCUACUCCCACCUCACCCAAUGUAGGCGAGGAUCCUGUUCUUGCUGACCUGAUGGGCGAGCAACAAACACUCUUACGCGCAUCUUCGGUUCCCGUCAGGCGCGCCAAACCGAACAUCCCGGCGCAUGCACGAACGCGCAGUGCGCCCGAAGGUCCCGCCGAUCCCCACUCUCCCGCGCCUGAGCCACUCACCCCCACCAUUGGCAAGCACAAAAGCCAAUCCCAGUCGAUGUCCGCUGUGACUAUCAGCUCCAAGUACUCUUCGAUGCCGCCCUGCGACUCGGAUUGGGAUAUCUCGGACGCAUAUAGGCACUCCACGCGCGGGACAUUGCAAUCCAGAAAGUCUGAGAGAAAGAGCGGCGCUUCGAACAGACUUACGGCGCAGAGCACUGGUGGCAACGGCUGGACUAGUGCGAGAAACAGCGAUUACACCAUGUAUCGCAGAAGUGAUUGGUGA